AAGCACCAUUAUCUAUAUAUAAACCCAAAGUUAAUUCACUUUACUCUCUCACGCAGACUCUCAUUCAAUGUCUUCUUCUUCUUCUUCAAUGGCAAAACUAAAGAUAGCAGGGAUUUGGGCAGGCGUAAUUGAGUUAGAGUUAGAGAAUUGGACUGUCUUCAUGUUGAAACAAGAGGUUUCAAAGCGAUCAAAUAUGACUACUGAUUCUAUCAAUUUAAUAUGCGCCGGUAAAGUACUAAAAGAUGGUGAUGGUACUCAAAAGUUAAGCCAAUUGGGUAUUAAAAACAACUCUAAAAUUCUUGCCAGUCGUGUUUGUAUUGAAGAGGGAAAAUCUUUGAAGCAGGAAUUAAUGGCUGAUGAAGAAAGGACCCGUAGACUUGCAAGAAUAAAGGCAGCUGUCACUGCACUGUCCAGAAGACAUGGAGAUGGGUCAUUACCGGUUGAGAACUUUAAUUUAGAACUUGAAGAUCAAAGUGGGCAGAAACUUAACUUUUCUGAGAGUGAUAGACAGGCAAUUAUGAUGGGUCUGAUGCUUCAUGCAAAUGGAAAGGGGUUAAUUAGAAGGCAGAUGUUUAAAGAUGCAUUAGAAGUGCUUACCAUGGGGGAGGAAGCUUUCUCUCUUUGCAGUCCCAAGACUAUUGAACUUGUUGACAAUAUCCCUAUACUGCAAAUAGACAUGGUGUGGUGCUAUUUCAUGCUCCGUGAUAUUGCAUGGCUAUCAGUUGCGGGAAUACGUCUUGAAAAGGCUAGAGGAGGGCUUGAACGUGCCCAUGGCAAGGAUUCUUCCCGUUUCAGACUCCUUCAAGCAGGUCGUUCUUCAGAGAUUUCAUUAUAUUUGAGACUAGAGCUGUUGGAAGGAGUGGUGGCGUAUCACAGUGGCCGGUUUGAUAAAUGUAGGCAGUUUUUGACCUCUGCACAAGCAAGAUUCCUCCAGUUACAAGUACCAGAUGAAGCUUUAUCAACUGUGAUGAGCAUGGGCUUUAAGGAAAAGGACGCAAAAAGGGCAUUAAGAAUGAGCAAUCAGGAUGUUGGGAGCGCCACUAAUUUUCUUGUUGAAGAGAAGGAAAGGAAAGCAAAGAAACUGGAGGAUGACAUUCGUCGUAGAGCUGAAAUUAGUGAGCAAAAAGGUUAUGGAAAAACGCCCUUAGAGAAAGCUGUUGAUCUCCAGAGUUUGAAAGAGUUGGUUUCAGUAGGGUACGUGAAGGAGCUUGCUGCUGAAGCUCUUCGAAGAAAUGAGAAUGACAUAGAAAAGGCAUUGGAUGACUUGACAAAUUCAGAGACUAAUACAGCUAUCCAGCAUGAAAUAGAAUCCAGGAAAAGAAAAAGGAACGAGCAAAAGGUAGGGAAAAAGAUCGAACAGCUUGUAAACAUGGGUUUCGAAAGAUCAAGAGUGGUUGAAGCUGUUCGAGCCGAUGGCUCCGUGGAGCAAGCGAUUCAACUGCUACUCGCAGGAUCAAGAACUAACUCCGCAGGUGCUGCUAGCAACAGUGAAAGUAGUCCGAGACCAACCAAUGAUGCUGUCGAGAGUUUGAAUGAAGAUGAUUUAAGCGACGAUAAUAAUGAUUCGGAAGGUCCAUCUGGCAGUCAAGCUGAAGAAAGAGAUGUAGAGAUGGAGGGUUCGAUUGCAGACGAAAUAGCGAGAGGAGAUGUGUUAUCUGACUAUGACAUAGAAGUAACCAAAGAAGGCGAAGCCAUAAAUGAGUAUAUGGCUUUGUUGAAUUCUGUUGGUAGCAGCAACGGUGCUUCUUUACAGUGAAGAUGAAACUUGCAAAAAUAGUCACAUCUCUGUUAAUAGAUGUCAAUAAGUAAAGAUGGGACGCAGUAAUGAUAAUGAACACUACAGUAAGUAAAUUUGAACACAAUGGUACUAAUAUCUGAAAUUAGGAUAAAAUUGCAGAAAUGGAAGGUUU